AUGGAUAAGAAUCGGAGAUUUGACGCGCAGAAAUCAAACCGAGGUAGGAAUGGCAGGCCCAGCCAGGCUCAUCCGAGAGAAAAGGGGAAGAAUGAAGUAAAAUAUAAAAACAAAAUCCUGUCGAGAGAAUUGAAGGAAAUAACACUAGAUGUUUUCUUCAAUUCUAGACUCUCGCAGGACCUGAACCUGUCAAGGCAGCAAGUUGACCAACUCUUAGAUUUUAAACCAUCGCAUCACUUCAACUCGUACCUCAACUGCUGCAUAUGCUACGAAAACACACUCAUCUGCGCAGUAGGAAAGUGUGAUCACAUCACCUGCCUCCUCUGCUCACUGAAACUCUCAUUCUUCUAUAACACCUCAAGUAACAAUACAGACAAUGACACAAACGGUGGCCGAAAUACUACAAACAGUAGUAGAAACACAACAAAUAAUGGUAGAAGUGCCGUAAAUACAGGCAGAAAUAGCCUAAACAGUACUGUGAGGGGAACCUAUGAAUGCCCGUACUGCAAACAGCAGAACGACUACAUAUAUUUCUGCGUUAAUCCGUUCUACGUCCAUUUAGCAAAGAAUAAUAAGUUUUACUCAAGUAAUGAGACGCCAGCCCUGACAAAGGCUGAGUUAACAGAGUUUAUAUACAUUUUAACAAGGUCACGGCGUUUGCCAGAUGACUGUUCAAACUCGUCCACAAUAAAUAUAAUGCAGUUGUACAAAAUAUUUUUAAACACAAUAAAGAAUACAGUUGACAUGUUGUCGUUUAACGGACUGUCAAAAUGCUUGAGCGGUUUGGGGGUUUCAGGCUCGAAGCCUGAUUUGACUGAUCUUAUCAAUAAAAUUACUGAUAACUUUACUUUCCACGACGAUUUCGUCAUAGUAUCUGACCAGAGGAUGUUUUUUGAGUCUGCAGGGAUUUAUUAUUUAUAUAAGGUAAUUCUUUCACCUUUGUGCUGGUUCCCAGAGUGUAAGGACCAGUGGUAUCUGGACGCUGUUUUCAAGAGUAACCUGGUGGAGGCUUUAAAGACCCUUUCAAGUCAUAAAUACCCAUCUUACAAGGUUUUAAACAAACACAUAAAGGCAUCACAUACAAUGGUGUUCUGUGACAUUUGCCUAUCAUAUUUCACCAACAAGAAGUUUGUCUGCGAGUUUACACUGUAUAAUACAUCUAGAAUUAGUGACCAUGUAAAGUACGGAGAUGUUAAAUCCUACCCGCCAAUUAACCCACACAUAUGUUGUCCAGCUUGUAAAACUUAUCACUGGGAUAUGACUGCCUUUAAACAGCACGCAAAGGAUGAACACUUUAUCUGUGAACUUUGUGACUCCUACGAUGAUUCUUACUGCGUAUUCUCAGACUAUAACUCACUUUUUAACCAUUUUAAGACCUACCACUAUCCAUGUGAAGAGGAGGAGUGCAUGUUCAUAGUCUUCUCAGAUGAUAUACAGCUACAGUUACACUAUUUAUACAAGCACCCAGGGGUUGCAAGAUCAACAAAGGGUAACAAAAAGCCGAUACAUAUAAAUAACAGAGUUAACACAGUUACCAGCACCACUUCAUCAUGUGCAUAUUACUCCUUGGAUGAUAAUUUGACGUAUGACACCUGGGACGGCUCAAUUAAUAUUUUUUCAGACCAAAAAAAUGAUGAUUUAUUUGAAAAUGCCGAAACAAUUAGGCUACCCGAGGUUAAAUCUGACCCGCUACAGGAAGUUGAAGACACUAAGUUAUACACUUACUUAUCACCAUUGGAUGGAGAUGUUGAUUUAAAAGAGGAUAGAAAGAGGUUAGAUAUGUUUUUAAAAGGGUUAAAAGGUAGCAGGCACCUACCAGUGAGUUCAGAGUACAUAAAUAAUUUUGAUGUAACGAAGUCAUUUCAUGUUUUUAAUGAUCUGGAAACCGUUUUAACACAUUUUAGAAGGUUAGAUAUAAAACUUUUUGAUAUAACAAGUUAUUUGUCAGAGUUGCUGUCAAAUUGUUACAUUUCAAUAAUAAAUGCUUUCACAAAACACUAUAACAACAUAGUUAAUACCUGUGACUUAUCUGACGGGACGGUGCUUUUCAACCUUGUUAAAAGCUAUUUACUUAAGUUUGUCCUCUUCUUUUACACUAUACAUAUCAACAGGCCAAGGUCAGAUUCUGAUAAAUUGGCAAUAAAGAUCGAUGUUCUGAAGUUGAGGGAGCACAACCCUGAUAUAAAGCUGGGCGCCAAUGGCAUACUGUUCCUAAUUGCCGCCCUGAAUUUCUCAAACAUAUCAAACCGCAUCAUCGUAAAAGCCUCUUUAUCCUCAAUUAUUGACGAUAUGAAGGCAAUGUAUAAAGAGUCUCCCUCCCCAAUGUCACUUUCUGAAGCUUUUAACCUCAACAAUUCUCUAAACAGCUCACAUGGUGCUGGUAAUAUUUCCUCAAAUGCUCUGAACCCCAACGCCGACAUAAAUGAGUUCAUUUCAAAGAAGCCUAGGAGUAAUAACAUAGUGAAAAUCCCCAGAAAGGAAUACAUUGUGACCUUGAAGGGUAAGAAGAUGAAGAAUAAACCCCAGGUCAUUCACCAAGAAGAGCCUGUUGAUACCACCACCUCAAUAGAGGAACCAAUUGUGGUUGAACCUGACAACCCUACUCCAAUAAACAUCUCUGACGGAUUAAUACACCUGGAGGCUUUAGAAGCUGAUAACGAGACUCUAUUCAUGAACCAUGUGGGAUCUGGGAACUUUUACGGCCUGAUGUGCGACAUGAUCGGAAGCCUGCUAAUUUCAAACAUGAAGAGGUACAAGGCCAAAACAUUUGAUUAUUCCCUGCGUGAGACUACAAAACUGAAGAUUUUAGCCAUCGCACUGUCUCAAAAGAGGUCGCUCACCAACUUGGGUGAGUUUAUAAGCAUGAAGAAGCUGGAGUCUCUCCAGUCCCUCGAGCCUGAGUUCCAUCGCCUUGUGAAAGAGUGCAAAAAGAGCGAUCUCCCCACAAUCGCUAAGGUUUGGAACAAAAAGUGUACAAACAUUCUCAAGAACACUCAGGUUGAGCAUUUAGAGAUCCUGCACUUUUACCUCAAAGGCAAUUCCGACACCUGCAUGCCACUAUGUAACGACACUGAGUUCCCCAGUCUCACAAAGAACAAGAAUUCUCCUGAGUUCACUGGCACCAGGAACUACGCCAGUGCCGCCGGAGUUGUCAAUAAGCCCAAGUUCAUGAACGACCUCGAGUUUCCAACUCUAAAGCAAACCGCUAAUCUACACAAGAAAAGCACACGUAAAUAG